UCGAGGAUGGCCAUUGGGCGCCUCCGGCCACGCCAGCAGGCCCCUCUCCACCCAUAGGUCCCCCAAGCAUCUCCCAUGUGCUCUCCCUUCCUCCCCACGCCACUCCUCGCGCUCCAUUGGGCAAGCUUCCGUACACCCGCCAUGGCCGCCACAUGGCCGGCGGCCACUAGCAGCCCCUCCCCUCCAAUCCUCACGCCCGGUGCUGUGUCACCUCACCCGUGCUUAUCCUCUCCGCUCCCCCUCCUAUAUAAAGCCCCCAACCCUCCCCUUCCUCCGUUGCCAGUACAAGCUCCAAGUUUUCCCCAAACUUUGCUACCCAAAUCCGUUGCCAUGGUCGAGUUCUGGCUAGAUUCCUCGCAGCCACGGCGCCUCCUCGACGUCGCGAUUCCAUUUAGCUACUUCCCGGCCGUCCUCCCUCGCCGGACGACCCUCCCCACGGCGAGCUCCCCCACCCCCAUCCGCUACCUCCUGGAAGUUCCUGUUGUGCUGCUCCUCCUCGUCGCCAGGCCCUUCUGGUGUGAUUGCUGGUGUUGUCUUGUUUGGGACUCAUCCUCGGUCGGCGAGGAUAGGGAUCAUUGAUGUCAUGAUCAACUUCAUCAUGAUAUCGUGUAUCGAUGUUUAGCUUCCGCUUGAUUUACUUCUUGUUGCUUACAACCUUGCAAAUUCGGUCUGAAUUUCGAAAACUCUGAUGUAAUAAAAUGUUGAACUAUGUUAUUGUGAUGAGAAUGUUGUAAUCUCUGUGCCCACUCA